AGUCAGAGUCGGUAAACCACGUGACUACCGUUCACUUUUUCCGGGAUCACCACGGCAGCAACGUCCACUACAGAGCAGACGUCUUUAUGUUGUUUCGUCCUGGCUCUGGCGAUCUGACCACAUUCAAGAAGUCCGGAUCAGUCUGAGAGGGGACCGAGCUGCCUGCCUCCCGUACACCGCCGUUGAGUCUCACUGGGACGAGUCUGUAGUUUAGACCAUGUCGAAGAAGGGAGGAAACCGCGGGCCGGAAUUUGAGGUGCCGGUGGAGGCGUCGAUCAUCCGGAUCCCACCUCAUCACUACAUCCAUGUACUGGACCAGAACACCAACAUCGCCCGGGUGGAGAUUGGACCGCUCACCUAUAUCCGCCAAGACAAUGAAAGAGUGCUCUUCUUGCCGGUUCGUAUGAUCAUGGUGCCUCCUCGUCACUACUGCGUGGUCGCCAACCCUGUGUCUCGCGAUGAUAACGGUCAGGUCCUCUUUGACCAAUCAGGUCAGGCCAAGCUCCGUCAUGCCGACCUGGAGAUCCGUCUGACCCAGGACCCGUUCCCUCUGUAUCCCGGAGAGGAGGUCCAGCAGGACGUGACCCCGCUGCAGAUCGUGUACCCGGACACGGCUCUGCGUCUGCAGGCUCUGCUGGACUUUGAGGUGGAGGGAGGAGAGAAGAGAGUGGCCGGAGAUGAGUGGCUGUUUGAGGGACCAGGGACCUACAUCCCGAGGAAGGAGGUGGCCGUGCUGGAGACCAUCAAGGCCACAGUGAUCAGAGAGAACCAGGCCAUCAGACUGAGAGCUCGCAAGGAGGGAGUGGACCGAGGAGGAGUCCGCAGGGUCACAGGGGAGGAGUGGCUGGUCAGUAAGGUGGGAGCGUACCUGCCAGGUGCUCAUGAAGAGGUCAUUGACAUCGUCAACGCUUUCAUCCUGACUGACAAGAAAGCUCUUCACGUUCGCGCUCUGCGUCCCUUCAAAGAUGCCGGCGGUCGGGACCGUCGCACAGGGGAGGAGUGGCUGGUCACCAUGGCCGACAGGGAGGCUCACAUCCCCUCUGUGGCCGAGGAGGUGGUGGGGGUGGUGGAUGUGACCACUCUGAGCAGCAGGCAGUACUGCGUGAUCCUGGACCCGGUUGGACCCGACGGGAAACCUCAGCUGGGCCAGAAGAGGGUGGUGAAGGGUGAGCGCUCGUUUUUCCUGCAGCCAGGGGAGCACCUUGAAUAUGGCAUCCAGGAUGUGUACGUGCUGUCGGAGGAGGAGGGUCUGGUCCUGAGAGCUGUGGAGGCUUUCAACGACACUGAGGAGCACCAGGAGGAGGAAGAGGAGGCUGAGGAGGAGGAGCUGAUGCAGGAGAGGGCCAAGCGCUCUCGGAGGAGCGGCGUCCUCCGUCGCCCCGGAGACCGCUGGAUGCUGCGGGGCCCGAUUGAGUACGUCCCCCCCGCCACUGUGGAGGUGGUGCUGAGACGUCAGGCCAUCCCUCUGGACGAGAACGAGGGAAUCUAUGUCCGGGACAUCAAGACCGGAAAGGUGCGUGCAGUCAUCGGUCACACCUACAUGCUGACUCAGGAUGAGGAGCUGUGGCAGAAGGAGCUUCCUCCAAACGUGGAGACCCUGCUGGCGUCUCCUCUCGACCCACUGGCCAACCGCUCUGACCGGACUGCCGGUGGAACCGGCCAGCCCAGGGACAAGACACGGGUGGUCUCCUACAGGGUCCCCCACAAUGCUGCCGUCCAGGUGUACGACUACAGGGAGAAGAAAGCCAGGGUGGUGUUUGGUCCAGAGAUGGUGAUGCUGGGACCUGACGAGCAGUUCACCAUACUGUCACUGUCCGGAGACAAACCGAAGAGGGCCAACGUCAUCAAGGCCGUCUGCCUCCUGCUGGGCCCCGACUUCUUCACCGACAUCAUCACCAUCGAGACGGCCGACCACGCCCGACUGCAGCUGCAGCUGUCCUACAACUGGCACUUUGAUAUAAAGUCUCCUGCAGACCCAGCUGACGCAGCUGCUCUGUUUUCAGUCCCUGACUUUGUGGGAGACGCCUGUAAAGCCAUCGCCUCCCGGGUCAGAGGAGCCGUCGCCUCCGUGCAGUUUGAUGAUUUCCACAAGAACUCGAACCGGAUCAUCUGCUCAGCGGUGUUUGGCUUUGAUGAGAAGCUGGCAGUUCGUCCCAGUCUUCGCUUCCACCAGAACAACCUGGUGAUCAGCAGCGUGGACAUCCAGUCUGUGGAGCCCGUCGACCAGAGGACACGAGACGCCCUGCAGAAGAGCGUCCAGCUCGCCAUCGAGAUCACCACCAACUCCCAGGAGGCGGCCGCACGGCACGAGGCGGAGCGUCUGGAGCAGGAGGCUCGGGGGAAGCUGGAGAGGCAGAGGAUCACCGACCAGGCCGAGGCUGAGAGAGCCAGGAAGGAGCUGCUGGAGCUGGAGGCUCUCAGCGCUGCGGUGGAGAGUACAGGAGCCGCCAAGGCCGAGGCUCAGUCUCGGGCGGAGGCGGCUCGUAUCCAGGGAGAGGCGGCCGUCAACGAGGCCAAGCUGAAGGCCGAGGCUCAGAGGAUCGAGGCGGAGGCAGAGCUGCAGCGACUGGCGAAGGCCCGCGAGCAGGAGCUGAGCUACAAGAAGGAGAUGGACCGACUGGAGGUGGAGAAGCAGGAGCGUCUGGCCCAGAUCGAGAGUCAGCGCUUCAGUCAGCUGGUGGAGAGUCUGGGCAGCGACACGCUGAAGGAGAUGGCCAGAGCUGGACCUGAGCUCCAGGUUAAGAUGCUCCAGGCUCUGGGGCUGAAGUCCACCCUCAUCACCGACGGAUCGUCUCCCAUCAACCUCUUCACCACAGCCAAUGGCCUGCUGGGGGCGCUGCCGGGACAGGGCCAGGGCCAGUGAGAGAGGAUGAGGUGGAAUCACAGAGGAGAGAGCGUCCAAAAGUAAACCUCAACAGAAGCUCAUCACACUAACCUGAAGAACCCACGACCAGUGUUAAAACCACACGCUGGAACCACUGAACUUUAACCUCGUGGGUUUGUUGUAGCUGUAGAGGUUUGAAAACUUCACUCUGACUCAUGACUCCGCUCUGUUAUCAAAACCAGACAGAGCAACUUUAAAUCAGGCUGAGAUUUGCACCAACUGACAGGUGAGAAUGUAAACAGCCUGGGACACUAAACUCAGCACGAGAGAUCAUGUCCACUGUGUUUCACAGCUUCACAGUUUGUCUGCUCAGACAUUAAACACAACACUGACGAUUCAACAGUUCACUGUACAACACAGUACGACAUGUGAAAGACGUGAUGAAUCAGUACUUAUUAUAAGCAAACAAACGACGUCAGAUUAUUUGCACUUUAGGUUAAUGUGACCUGUAACACUGAGUUUACUGACUCAUGUCUGGAAAUAAGUUAAAGUCUGUGGCUGCUGAGAAAUAAAGGAUUAAUCUGGUGUUUUUAAACCUCGGCCUAACUUUCCAUGUUUUUGGCUGUAAAUGAUCGAUGGGGACAAAACUCUUUGGAAGUAACCAGAAACAUCUCUAUAUAUCACUAUACCAGACUCCAUUGAUAAAAACAGGGAUUUAACCAGGAGCUGCUGGAAUACCACUGCCUCCAUCUGUUAGUGUGUCUGUGUUACUGUGUGGUACUUUUACUUCAGUAAAGUAUCUGAUUACUUCUUCCACCACUGAGAGUCUCACAGUAACACAGACACACUAACAGAUGGAGGCAGUGGUAUUCCAGCAGCUCCUGGUUAAAUCCCUGUUUUUGUCAAUGGAGUCUGGUAGUGAUAUGAUGUUUCUGGUUAAACUAAGUUUUAUCACAGGUUUCCAGACGAUGAUAAACAGCCACAGACUCAAACAUCACAUUAUAUAAAUUCAUAAACUCAGAUUCUUAUUAUUUAAAAUAAAAAAUCUCCUGGUUCAAUCAUGAUGACAGAAAACCAGCAGCUCAGUCAGAAAACAUCUGCUUCUGUGAUAAAAAGUCAAAGCUACAAGAUGCCUGUGAACGCAACACCUGAAGGAAAGAAAUCAACUAAAAGUCCCAGAGUGCAUUUCUCUAACAGACACUCAAAGAGCUUCACGUUCUGCAGUUUAAAUCUUCCUGAUUCUGAAUCAGAUUAACAGGAAUUCAUCUUAGCAACAGCUGCAGAGGCUCAUGGGUAAUGUAGUAGUUAGACUUUACUCAGACAGACUGACUGACUGGUGUUUGUCUUGUAGUUUUGACUUUUUCAUCAAAGAUCGAGAUGUGUUGAGACACAGCUGUGAGUUUUACUGUAGGAGCCACAGAGCCUCAGACACCCGAGUUCUUCCACCAACAAACACUGAGAACAUCAGCCCUGCUCCUUCUGUCCUCUGUGUUUAAUGACCUGAGCUGCUGUGGUUGAAGAUCACAGGUGAAACAGGUGAAGACCUCCAGCUACAAGAGCUCAGUGUGAACAGUGUUCAGGACCUUGGUCCUCUCAGCUCCUCAGGGGAAAUGAAGAUCAGAGGUUUACUUUUGGACACGUGAGCAGUUGAAGACGACGUGUCUCAGAUUUAUCGUACUAAUCCCUGUGCCUAAUGACGUAACCGUUUUCUUUAGUCCUGUGACCUGAGAGCCAAAGAUUUCUGGUCUUGCUUUGCACUACAUCCACUAGAAAUAGAAAUGCUGAGCUGCAGUUACUGCUGAUGUUUACAUGUGCAUGUUAAACUUUUUCUGUUUCUGUGGUGAUAAAAUAAAGACCUCCUUCCUUUGCCUUAAAUCGCUGUUGUUUCUACAGAAAAGCCAUUAAAUACUGCUGCUCUCCA